GUGUGAAGUGAUCACACCUGCCGAGAUGCCCGCUGGUAACUGGCUCAUCAGAUCCCUGACACAAAGCCCCGGUUCAGAGCUCCUCCUGUGCCGUGUUGCGCCAUGCUGCUCCUGGUCUUCAUCUGCGUGUCGGCAGUCGGCGGCGUCCCCGUCAGUCCAUCCCAGGAUGCUGCCACUCCUGUCUCAGGUGACGUUACUGUCACGUCUAUGCUCGACGCGCCUCGGGCAAAAUCUACAGGAUCUCCUAAAGGUAGAGUCGCUGCCACCCCUGUGAAUGACACCCACAAUGCGACUAGCCCUGCUCCAGGUGUGACUGUUUCCAUCCUGCUUGAUCCGGCACAGAGAGUCAGUGCAGAAACCUUAGAAGAGCUUCAAGAAGACAGGGCCGUCCAAGAGGGAGACAUUUUGAUUUCGGAGGACAGGAAUGCUGUGGAGACCCUGUGGCCGGACGCCACCGUGCCUUACACCAUCAGCGACGAGCUGGCUGAUCGAGAGUCAAACAUCCACGCCGCCUUCAAAAUGAUAUCAGAUUUCACGUGCCUUCGCUUCCGGAGACACACCACGGAGCUGAACUACCUGAAGUUCCUGAACGGCAAAGGCUGCGCGUCCUUCGUCGGCUGUCGAGGAGGACCCCAGGCGGUGUAUUACGCUCGGUCCUGUAGCGUGGGGAACCUUUGCCAUGAGAUCGUCCACGCACUGGGACUGCAUCAUGAACACACCCGCACGGACCGGGAUCAAUACAUCACUGUGCAGUGGCAGAGCAUCAUGCCAGGGACACAAAAGAACUUCAAGAAGAGACGAGGCAACACACUGAACCUGCCAUACGACCUCAACUCCAUUAUGCACUACGGCCACUACUUUUUCAGCCGAGACGGAAGUCCCACCGUGUUGCCCAAGCAGGGCGGGGAGCAGAUGGGUCAGAGGACACACCUCAGCCAGCUGGACGUGCAGAGGCUGAACGUGCUCUACCACUGUGACGAGCGGAUGAAAUCGCUGUGAGCGGGCCUGUUGUUGGUGUUCCUGCAUCUGCCUUGACAUUUAAUAAAAUUGUAUAUUCAGAACAAAAA